UUGCGCCCAGUAUUAAAAACAUCCAAGCGGAGCAGCAGCAAGCGAAGUACAAUCAGCAUCGAGAGACGAUUGAGAAAAGAUAUAAAGAUCAGCUGGACUGGCUCAAAACUGGGCCGAUAACAGAUAUUGCUACACCCGGCCGCAUUCAAAAAGGUAACAAAGAGAAAAUCCACCCUGGUUCUGCGGAUUGGAUGCUCCGCUCAGGAAAUUUUGAGGCCUGGCGGGAUACCCCAGGAGGCACUCUUUCAUGGCUGUGGGGCAAUGGUGGCUUCGGGAAGUCGUUCCUAAUGUCAGCCAUCAUUGAACAUCUCGAGAGCCCUGAUCGCGUCUGGUCUAGGUCUAGGCCACACAUCAUUUAUUUCUUCUGCCGGAAAGGAGAUGAGUGGACUUCCAUGGGAAAGCGGAUUUUUCUCCAUUUGCUUAUUCAGCUUUACGAAAAGGCCGCUUCUGGAAACCCAGGCUCAACCCCAGAGCUACAGGAGAAAUGCAGCCGAGUGGUUGAGGAGGCCUACAAACAGUCCAAAUCUGAGGACAAACAUGAUUCAUCUUUGGCACAGUUAAAAUCAGGAUUGCUGCCAAUGUUCGAAGAGCUUGUGAAAGCCUUCGCCAGUGAUGUCUUCGUCCUAGUUGAUGGGCUCGACGAAUGCCAGGAUUAUGAAGACGAUUUUCUACAGACACUGCUCGACCUUCCGGAUCGAACGGAUGUACAUAUGAUGAUUUCAAGCAGGCCAGAUAUCUUCUACGGAUUGAGAAAUCCUGUUACACUUCACAUUGAAGUUAGUGCUAAUCAAACACAAGCAGAGAUUGCGAAGUAUGUCAAGUCUAGAAUCAAGGGUAUCAAGCGCUUCACGGCACCAAUGAGGAAGAAGGCUUGCGAGAGGAUUGCAGAGAGAUCUGAAGGAAGCUUUCGCUACGCCAACGUUGUAUUAGACAGCCUGUACGAAACACGUGCCAAAAUGACCCCUUUCACAGAAUUGCUAGACAAUCUACCAAGCGGAAUGAAUGCAUUGUAUCGCCGAUCGAUGGCUUCCCUCGACUCCCAUCAACGCAGAGUCCUCAUAGUAGCUCUCAGGUGGUUGAUGUGCUCAUCCGGACAAGUCACCCUAGAUUUAAUCGCGGAUGAACUUGAAUGUCGGUGGGAAAAUGUCGAAGAACCUGAAGACCUCGGUGGGGACGGUGAGGACGAGGAUGCCAGUGACUAUGCCGACUUCGAAUCCGAUUCGGAGGAAAGCAUUUUGGCCCUGGUGCCCCGGGAGUCAACCCCAUUCGGGCAGAAUUGGGCCACCCGGGAUAUUGAGAAGGAUCUCAAAGCUGCUGGGCGGGAAUUUCUGCGAUUUGACGGGCAAUUCAUAGAAAUCCAACACAAUUCGAUUCGAGAUUUUGUUCUAGCAGAGGAAGAGGCUAUCAAGCAUGAGAUUGAAAGAUGUGGGGAAUGUAGAAAAAGAUUCCAAGAGACUAUUGCCUACGAAGCCGGUCCCAAGGAAGGAAAUCUCAUCAUUUGUCGAACGAUCAUCCAGAGACUGAAUAACCCGGCCUUCCAGAAAGAGCAUAUAAUUCGGGAAUGGGUGGAACCGGAGGAGUGGGGGGAACCAGAAGACGAUUGGCAAACAAUAUCAACUCACUCGAGCAAAUUAUCUCAGGCUGGGAAGGAGGGUGAACCCGAAAGAGGUACGAGCGCGAAAGAAGAAGUAUCUUCCCCAGACAACAUACCCGAUGUUCUCGACGAUCAUAUUAUACCAUCAAAGGAAGAUAUCAUUGAAGGCCUAGGAAAAGGUGAUAAAGCAAUGGCCGAUGGGAGAGGUGAUGGUCAAAAUGGGCUGACACAGAUAGAGCAAACGAACGGGAGGGCACCACAUACCAGGGACCCGGUUUCCCAUACAUCGGAGCAAGAACUACACCAAGCUCAACCUAAUGAUGAGGUGCCGCCUUCCAAACCAGCCAGCGCUGUGAGCAGGUCUAGACGGUCAAUCUUUAUUUCCCCGCCGUCUGCACCCGCAAGUCGUUCCUAUUCGACAGGUUAUUCCAUCCCACUGAACGAAAAAGCAAGAUACGAGCUCACCCAUUGGCCCCGUCAUUUUCGGCAACUAGAACAGAUCGCAGAAGAACAGAAUGUUGAAUUAGAAACCUAUAAGAGUCUCUACGAUGACCUGGAAAAAUUCCUUCGACCAGGUUCUGAGGCCUACCUCAGUUGGCUCCGAAUCAAUCACCCAUGGAGAAAAUAUAAGAAACUUGACUCUCCCCUUCAUAUUGCCGCACGAUACGGGAUUCAGGGCCUUCUGGAGCGAUAUGUUCUGGAAAAGAAAUAAGAUAUGAAUGAGAAGAACGAAAAAUGGAGAUACACCCCUUCACUUGGCUUGCACAGGUGACGGAGAGCGUCGAGGGAUCGAAUUUUUGUGCGAGAAUGGGGCAGAAGUUAAUGUCUUGAACGAUGACGGUGCAUCUCCACUCCUGAUGCU